AUGGCCGCAGGAGUGGCUAGCAUUGCCCUUAAAACCGUUCACAAUCUGUUACAGGAAGCUAAAUUCUUAAUAGGUGUGCGCAGCGAAUUGAAGGCACUAGAGAUCAUUCUUAAGGAAACGAGAUCGAUAGCUCUUCUGAUUAACGCUAACAACGCCAAUGAGACCAUUGGCAGCUGGCUCACGCGUGUUAGGGACCUCGCUUACAGAGCCGAUGACACCAUUAGUCUGUAUGCAGCCGUUAACGUCUCAUCCAACAGAAGCCUGCUCCACAAAUACUCAUGCAUCCUUACAGAGGGGCAGGGCUACUCUCUCCACCAGAUUGCCUCUGAGAUCAAAGAUAUCGAAUCCAAGUUGGCAAGUUUCAACUCUCAGCACUUGAUAAGAAGCAUCAGCUCUAGCUCUGCUCCAGAGAUGACAAUCUUCAAAUUCCCCUUUGAGACUGAAGUUUUUGUGGGGAAAGAAGAAGAAGUGGAGCAACUUGUAUCUCUUGUAGUUAGUGAGGAAGCACACCGAGUCAUUUCGUUGUGGGGGAUGGGUGGUAUACGCAAAACUAGUAUUGCCAGAAAAGUGCACAAUCACCCAACCACCGAGCUUCUUCGACUCCUUCGCAUACCAAAUCAGUUUUAA